AUGCGUCUUGGUCACUGGGAGACGGCUGAGGUGUGGGAGCUACUGGAGCGCCCGGCGGCUCCGGGUGGUGGUGGCGGCGCAGACGAAGAAGGCGGCCCCGGCCCCGGCCCGUCCCGCGCCCCCACGGCCCCGCGGCCCCAAGCGCCCCCGGCCCCGGGCCCGUCCGCCGCCGCCAUGGCCCGGCCGCUGGUGCCCAGCUCGCAGAAGGGGCUGCUUCUGGAGCUCAAGGGGCUGCAGGAGGAGCCGGUGGAGGGCUUCCGGGUGACCCUGGUGGACGAGGGCGACCUGUACAAUUGGGAGGUGGCCAUCUUCGGGCCCCCCAAAACCUACUACGAGGGCGGCUGCUUCAAGGCGCGCCUCAAGUUCCCCAUUGACUACCCCUACUCUCCGCCGGCCUUUCGCUUCCUGACCAAAAUGUGGCACCCCAACAUCUACGAGACUGGGGACGUGUGCAUCUCCAUCCUCCACACCCCCGUCGAUGACCCCCAGAGCGGGGAGCUGCCCUCGGAGCGGUGGAAGCCCACGCAGAACGUCAGGACCAUCCUCCUGAGCGUCAUCUCCCUCCUCAAAAAAAAAAAAAAAAAAAAAAACAAGAGGGGAAAAGGCACUUCCAUGCCACUCUCUUGGUUCGGGAAGUGUCAGAGAAACCCCUGUAGCUGGUCUGGCCCGGCGCUGACCUGGCAUCUACAGGGGACAACUGGUCCCUUGUGGCCUUUUGGGACACUGUGCAAUCAUUGCCUGCAAGAGUCCACGUACACCAGACUGCAGGGAGCUGGAGGCUCUGCCUCAGACCAUGGUCAAACCCAAGGCCAAGAUGCUAUGGCUCCCAAGCCAAAGCCAGCUUCUCCUUGGCCUGCAAAGGCUUGCAGCCUCUCAGGAGCUGUAGAUGAGAAAAGGCCCCAGUGUUCUCAGGCUCCCCGUUCCCAGCAGCAUAUUUCUAGCACAACCUGUUCUACUUCCCAAGCUUCCACCUUGUAA